AUGUCACAAAUUUGUGAAGAGCGUCGCUUACACCCACUCAACCUCUUGCUCCCGGCAAGGAGCUCGACGUCGGCCGAUGGAGAACGUCCUCAAAAGAAAGAGAUGGAGCUCAUCGAGGCUAACAAUGAGCAGGCCACAGUCAAAUUCAAUCCCCAUCAGAAUGAUGUACAAUCCACUUCACGACCGCCCUCACCGUUCAAAGCACGCGUGCAGAACAUGUCCUCCUCCUCGUCCUCUUCGAACGCCAUGCCGGCAAAGUUGAAGGCGAAGGUGAACAGCACUGCGACCCCCCUCCGAAAGACCCCAAACGUGGUAUCGAGCACCAAGUCGGCGACAGUCGCUGUUCGACGCGAAAGGAGCGUCACCACACUUAGUACAAGCCCGACACCACGGGCAGCGUCGCCCUUCAAAUACAAUACGCUCAAACCACCCCCGCGCGAUGAUUCACCGACAUCUCACCCCAAAGUCCGCGCGACGGUCCGGACGCUGCGACCACAUACAGCGCAGUCAGUAAUAGGAAGCUCGGACACCCGCCAGCGAGCUUUCACUAGUGUAGCAGCGUCUGAUGUUGGAUCUAGAGGUCGUAAUGGGAGCGUGUCAUUACAGCAUGCGGCGUCGUUCGCGUCGCUGCAGCGUUCGCAGCCGGGUUCGAGGUCAACAUCACCUGUAGCACCCUCGCCAACGGACACGCUAUCAGGAAUGACGGGGUUGAAGAUCAAAGCCAAGGUAUCGGGGCUAGCGAAGCAGACACCCGUGAGUGGAGAGUUUUCACCAUCAAGUCCACCGCUGCCAUCCAUACGUACGCCACCGACGCGCGCAAGAGCUGCGUCGAUAACCAACAUGACCUUUGCGUCUGCACCUCCGUCACCAAACCCUGGAUUUAUAUACCCGAUCACGACUGCCACUCCCGCUGCAAAUCCUCACCGGUAUGCCCCUGCGCGACCACACUACCAACCAUUUCGUUCCCCCACUUCGGUCAAGGUUGAUCCGGCCUCAAUACCCCUUCCUCCACAUUCUCCCCCCACCUCUUCGCUUUCUGUAUCUUCCAAAUCUUCUCUUUCUCGCUCAUCUGUGCAAUACCAAGUUUCGGCAGAGUCGAGCACUAGCCACAGUAACGCUUCAACGGAACAUCUUCAACAUCACGGAAAACACGAUUCUAAUGACUAUGACGAGAGACUUCGCUCGACGCUGGACGAUCUAGUGCGACACGUAGAGAUGGGGGACGCGAAUAAUACAUCGGGGGAGAGCGGCGACGACGAUGCAGUAUAUGACGACGAACGUAAAGCACGAGCUCAAGCGAAGUCAAAUCGAAAAAUCGAAGACUUGGAAAUAUCGAACCGUUCGCUACUUGCUAUCAACGCAUCAUUAGAAGCUGCAAAGCAUAAACAAGCGAAGGAGAUCCGAGAUUUGCGACGUAAACUGCGAGAAUCGAGGCUGAUAUUACCCCCACGCGCAUAUCGCGCUGUCAAGUCCUCAUAUGGCCCUGACGACGAAGAACCCGAUGACGAGGGGGAUGAUGAUGCUGAGGGUGAUGAGAGUGAGCCGGAAGACAGCGAUAUGGUGUAUAAGCGCGUCAAGUCUUUGAUAGAGGGGUUGCUGAGCAGCGGGAAGCGUGCGUUGGAGGCUAAGCCAGAAACACCGGUCUCCAGUAAAAGUGGGGCGAAAGUUCUCAGUGCUGAAGAAGUUAAGAGUUGGCGAGAGUCGUCAAAUAGCGGGUCCGACCACGAAGAUAUAGAUAUGGACAUCAAGCCACGGCGUAGUCGUCCUUCUUCUCGAUCUCGCCGUACUUCAGGACGAAACGCAGACUCGGAGGAAGAGGUUGAGUCCAUGGCUUACGCAUUGACACCCUCUCCACCACCUUCGCUAUCAGCAUUCACCGGUUCCCGCUCUCCGCCGCCACCGAUACUUGUGACAGAAUCGCAAUAA